CUAUGGAAAUCUCCAACUAUUUCAAAACACAGAUUCUAUAGAAUUUCUGAAGAACUUCCUCAAUCACCUGCUCCUCAAAUCACUCCUAAAAUUCUUUUUCCCAAUUUCUCUCCACAAUCAAAUCCAAACCUUAAAAUUACUUCUCAUUCUCAACAUACACACUACUGCACGAUUUAUAAA